UGAGAGGCGAGCGCUCGACAGCGGGACGCGCGAGCACCUACCGCUAGCAUUCGCAGCGUUUGAUACACGCAUUGAUCAUAAAUUGAUCGCUGCCGACGCUGCGGGGCCAGCGACGCACGAGCAGCAUAUAACAAAGCCAUCUCCAAAAGUGCUGCGGAGUGCAGCUGAGCCCGACGCUCGACGGUGCGCGCGGGAGAUCCCUCAGCAGUCGUAGCUGACACGCAUUGAUCAUCGCUCGAGUCGCUGUCGCAGUCCAGCGACGCACAAGCAGUUUCAGCCGAGCACGGGACGAUGGCCGACCUAGCAGCCUGGAACGACUCCGACGACGACGAACCUCGCAGGAAGAAGCCCCACGUCGACGAAGCUGUUUUAGAAAGGGAGGUCUUCGGCGCGGACGAGAGCGACGCCGAGAGCAACAACAUCUCAAAUGAAGACGCGCCUGCCUGGCAAGACGACGACGAUGAAGAUAUAAGGGUCGACCUGCGCAGCGCAUCGAGACUGAAGAAAUUACGCCAGGCGCCGACGGACCGCGUGCUCAAAGGUGCGGCUCUCGAGGAGCGCUUACGAGCGAGAUUCAAAGCAACGAAGGGCCCACAAGACUGGGCCACUUCAUCGAAAAAGCCGAACGCCCUGGCCCAGGCGGCCCAGGACGACGAGUCGGAUGACGACGACGGCGAUCUCAGAGUAGCAAGAGAGACGGACGCGAACGUGCGAGCGCCGUCGAAGUCGGCGAUUAGUGGUGUUGCGUUUCAUGCGUCGACGGAUCUUUUGGUUACCGGUGGCUUAGACAAAACUUUGCGGUUCUUCCGUAUUGAUGGUGAGGUGAAUGGCACGGCCGGUGCUUGUCACUUGGCCGACCUACCUAUAAGGUCUCUAGCCUGGCGGGCGCAAACCGAUAUAUGUAUUGUGAGUGGAAGGCGGCCCUUCUACUACGCGUAUGACGUCGCGUCUGAAAAAGCGACGAAGGUGCGGCUGCCUCCAAAGUCGAAGGACAAGUCCCUCGAGCGCUUCGCGCUGUCGGGUGACGGUGCAUCCCUAGCCUUCACGGCCCACGACGGCCGCAUCUUGUUGGCCGACGCGUCGCGAGGCCAGUGGCGUUCUUCGGAAUUGAAGGCGAGUGGUACGACGCGAGCCGUGUGUUUUUCUCACGAUAGUACGAAGCUCUACGCCUCAGGAGGCGACGCGCGCGUCCACGUCUGGGAUUUGAGGAGUUCUCGCUGCCUGGCGACGUGGGCCGACGAGGGGUCGUCUCCCACUUCUGCAUUGUUGUGUUGCGGCUCGAGGCUAUUCGUUGGUAGUGAGAGCGGCGUCGUCAACGCUUACAGUACAACAGUACCGCGAACGGCCUCCUUCUCCACUGAACAAGCGCCUUCACCAGAGAAAGCCGUCUCGUCGCUGACGACGCCCGUGUCCACAUUGGCGUGCUCCGAGACGCUAUGUCUGCUGGCGUCGAAGUGGGCCCGCGACGCGAUGCGGGUCGUGCGCCUCGGGAGCGACCUUAGGGUCGUGCCGAACUGGCCGACGGCGCGGACGCCGCUGCGCUACGUGACGGCGGCGGGCUUCAACUCCGGCGGCGAUUUAUUAGCCGUGGGCAACGACCGCGGGCGCGUGCUGCUGUACCGGUUGAAGAAUCCCUGACUAAC